AAUUGACACCGCCCUGAGAAAUACUUUCCCCUAUUCUAUCCUCUUUCUUUUCCUUCAGUGAGCUUCCCUGUUCCUACUGCCUCGGGGAAGGCAAGAGAGGAGCCACUGCCGUUCUCCGCAUGCCCAGGGAAGGUGCCUUUCCCGUUGAGAGCCGCAGAGGGAGGAAGAAAAAAGGUUGCCUCUCCCCAACCCACCCGCGCCACAACUCCCGGGUGCAGACACGAUGGGGGAAAGGAAAGAGAGCAAUGAGAGCCCUCACUAGCUCGGGCCCACCGCACCUGAAGAUGCUCCUGAAAACGAAUUGGCAGAAUCUGGGCCAUGGCGCUGUCGGGGGUGUAUGGUCUCCUCCUGUCACUGGGGCUGCGGGGCAGUGGCUGCCCGGGCUCUCCAAGGGAGAGGAGGAGAAGGGGGAGGGGGGAGGCUGGGCUCAGCAGGAGAGUCUCCGGGGACGCAGGAAACUGGCAGGCAGACGAAAGAACUCAGGUCGGGGGCGGAGGCUCCAGGGUCCGCGAGAGCCGCAAUGGCGGAACCGGGCGCAGCGCAGACUCCGGAAACGGCUGAGCCCUGCGGAAGGAUCCUGGCGACAGAACUCCGCCCAGGGUCACCUCACCCCCUCCGCCUUAUGUACUCCUCCACGGAGCGCCGCGGUGCAUCGGAGCGCAGGAAUUCGGAGCGCGGGGCGCAGGGCGCUGAGGGCCUCGCUUACUGCUGCGACAGGGAGGUAAAUAGAGGAAUCGGAGGGACUACUUUU